UGGUUGAAGCAUUUGUAUGCGGUCUUACUGCGUAAGCAUGGAAGAGACAAGGUGGGGGGCAAUUUCUACGGCGAUUAUUUUGCUUCUCCUGGCGAUUAAUUCGGUGGCUACGCCACUAGACAAGCGGUCUCUGCAAUUAAUCGGCGAGUUGAAUGGUGAGGGGCCUUACAUUGGGGUGGUAACCGUUUAUCCUCCAGAAGAGAAGGCCUUCUUUGACUCAAACGCUUUGAAGCCUCAUCCCAAAUACCCCUUCCUCGAUCUCUCAGGGCGUAGAUUUCGUGUGGGGAAGAUUCACGGUAAGAAAGUCAUCUACGUGAGAUGUGGAGUUGGAAUGGUGAAUGCAGCAGCCGCAAGUCAACAGUUGUUUGAUUUGUUUGAUGUUACUGGAAUUGUGCAUUUUGGAAUAGCAGGAAACGUUAAUAGCUCAUUCUCUAUUGGAGACGUCACCAUUCCCAAGUAUGUUGCUCACACUGGCAUUUGGGAGUGGCUGAAUAUUCAUGGAGAGAUGGAUAAGAAGGACUUUGGUAUGCUGGUAAUUGGAAGAUACAAUAAGCCGAGGGCCAAAGGAAAGAAUGCAUUGGGUCGUAUUGGUUAUCAACCUGAGGAGUUUUACUCCCAUAAUGGGAAACCUAACGUUCCUGAAGAUCUAAUAUGGGCUCAGACCACUUCACAAUGGCAAGAUCUGGCAAAGAGCUUGGAGGGCAUGAAGCUGGACAGUUGCUUGAACUCUAGUUUGUGCGUUGCUAAUGAAAGAAAGUUAGUAGUAGGACUUAGAGCAGCAACUGCCAACAUUUUUGUGGACAACGCCGCCUAUCGUCGCUUCCUCUUUCACAACUUUCAUGUCUCCUCUGUGGAUGAGGAGAGUGCCUCAAUUGUCAUGACGAGCUUGUCCAAUGGCUUCCCUGUGAUUGUUAUUAGGGGCUUGUCUGACUUAGCAGGAGGGCAAAAAGGGCAAAAUGCCAUCAGCACUUUUGGGCCCCUUGCUGCUCGCAAUGCUGUGAAAGCAACCCUAGGCUUCAUUGACAUGUUACCAUGAUCUCUAGUGCCAUGUCUCCAUCUCUAUAGUUUGUCUGAAAACGUUUAGUAUUUACAUAUUUAUUUAGUUUUAUUAGUAGUCGACUCUAAAUAAUUGGGAUAAGAUUCGGAUAAUGAGGAGUAUAAUUUAUUUUCGGUAAGUUAACAUGUCUUCAAACAUGAGCCCCACCUGUUGUAUUAAUUUUAAAGUGUGUAUACUAUGCCAAAAGUAUAAA